AUGUAUUUCGUCUACGUAAAGUAUGAGCUAGACGGCGAAAAGCAAGUCACAACGUCCGACUACGUAAAGGACUUCUUUCCAGAGGAUGAGUGUGAUUUCGACCCCACUGUUCUGUACUCGAUUUAUUGGGCCGGUGAUGAGCGAACCGCCGGUGACUACUACAGGUUCACUAAAGAAAAGCAGCCAGACCAGAAACGGAAAAGGAAAGCAGUCAAGGAUCUCGAAGAGCUUCAUCUUCUGGAAGAAAUCUCUUCAGAAGAUGAACUUGUUUCAAAGAAGGAGUUGAACGAAGUGCAGGAACGAUAUAGAGAAGUUCUCGGUGAGAACAAGAGGCUACGAAAGGCCAACCUAGAGCUACAACGUGCACUGUGCUCUAAAAUUUUUGAAAUGUCUGAGAAGUCUCCAGAAGGGCUUGGCCAAUCGCCUGUGUCAGUGGACGUCCAACGAGCACGACGUCAAGUCUUUCAGUCACACAUCCCCAUCAGCGCUGCAUCGUGUCAACAGCGUAGCGAUCCACCUAUGCUUGCGGACACGCAAGGAGCAUAUGAUGAAGUCUUUCACUCAAGCAAACCCAGCACUGAGUCUUCUCAGUACCAUGGCCUGUCGCCUGUGCUCACCCAACCAGCGCAAGGUGAUGUGUUUCAGCCAGGAAGCCCUAGCACUCCACCUUCGCAACGGCAUGUCCAAACACCUAAGCCUGUGGAAGCCCAACGUGCACGAUGUGGAGGUGCCCCGGAAGGCACCUCACUUCCUAUUGGUGCAGAGGACGAGGAUAAUACGUACAUGGAAAUACUACCAUGAAGCUGAUGUAUUAUCACGAGGGGGUCUGCUACAUAGGAAUUCGGAGUGGUGGCUGUUACCCAGCUACAUACUCCGAUAAAUAUCUCGAUUUCUG